GUGGCAGGUUGGCAGUCCUUGGCCACACAUCCCGGAGCAGAGGCGGCGCUAUGCUGCCGCUUCAUCGCCUCCCUCUGCGUGGCCGCCAUAGCUUGUCAUAGGGAUGCGGCGAAAGCUUCUGAUGCGGAGCUGACUGUGCUGGAUCCCAUCGGUGAUACGCGAGCAUUCCUGGAGAACCACAUCAACGCCUUUCUGCAACAAAGCGACUCCAUGGCCUUGCCGAAGAAGCUAGACCAGGACGGCUCCUGCGCCCGGCGGCUGCAGCAGCUGCUCAUGAGCCAGGCGCCUUCCAGGAAAGAGGCACACUGGAAUUGGAAAGUGGCGAAGCUGCCGAUCGCCGACUCGAUCGCUGCCAGACAAGGCAUUGCCGGAGUGGAUCUGUACAACGGACAUCCGACCAUAGCCACGUAUUUCGGUGCAUAUUGCAUGGAUGGGCUGGCGAUGGCUCUCUGGGCACUCUGGAGCUCCAACAGCUACUCCAGCGCAGUGCGGGCCGGCGUGAACUUGCUCGGUGACGCCGACACCGUCGGUGCCAUCGUCGGCCAGAUGGCUGGGGCCCUCUAUGGCUGGAAGCAGAUCAAGUCGGAGGCCUUCUCCGAGCGCUGUGUCAGAAACCUGAAGUACUGGGACAAGUGCGCCGAGAUCGGACUGCGAGCAGCUUUGCUCUACCAUCUUGGGCCUCGUCCUCGCGGAUCAUUGAAGCCCGCAGACGGCGAGUCGAAGGCGAAACUCUACCAGCGACCGAGUGGAGACGUCCCACUUGCCGGCGAACUUCCGGCUGGUGAGUGGGUGACCUGCGUGGACGCGGCCAAGGACUUCUUCUGCGUCUCGCACGAGGGCAGUGGCCUACAGGGCUGGGUGCCGAAGAAGAGCAUUGCUGACUGGGCUCCUGCAGCGGGCACAGAGGAGCUGUCCUUGUUCGUCGUCAGCGGCACAGAGGCAGUUCGCAGCAGCGGGCGAUUUUAUGAUCUUGCCGGAUAUUCUAUACAGCAUACUUAG